GUCUAAUUUGCAUAUUUUCAGGUAUUGUGUUACAGCUACAGAAGGAGAUACCAGUGUUAGUAUCUGGAAGAUGGGUGACAGUGAUACUGAUCUAAUGCAAGAGGAGAAAACUGUUCAUGCUGUAAACUCUACCAGUCAUCCCACCAAAAUAUCUGUACACUCGGAGGAUGGGACAGACAUGGGCAUUGCCUUUGGCUCCUCUCUUAACAACAUAACUGUUCUAGAUGCAGGGAGAUUUGAAAAGAUCAGAGAUUGUUCAGAGACAGUUCAGAAAGAUCAGGUAUCUGGCAUAAUUCAUCAAACAUCUGGAAUCCUAAAUUGCUGCACUACGAAAGGUGAUAUCUACAAGUGUGACCUCAGAUGUGAAAAAGUCAAUGUCACCUGCUGUCACAGUGUGGAAAGAGCACAGCAAGGCUAUUGGACAAUAUCAAAACUGAAUGACCAAUCAGAUUCAAUGUUCUUAGCAUCAACACUAGGUGAUAUAGUUGUAAUAGAUUCAAGGUUCAUGGAAAAAUGUGUAAAGAAGACAAAUAUCAGGAAUGGUCAAAAGGGAAAUGCAAACUAUUUCUGUUUCCAGGGAAGUCCAGACAGCAGCAGAAUUUCUGUAUCAGGUUUAGAUGGAAUGGUGUACAUUUACAAUAGCCUUGAGAAAACCAAUGAUGAGAUUUUAGAACCAGUCUUUGUUCAUGAAGGUCAUGUGAGGAACUGUGAGAGCCAGUCAGAAUCUGUGACUGUUGUUCAGCAUAUGUGGUAUCCAUGGCAACAAGAUUUGAUUAUUUCUACAGCAACUGAUAGUUCAUUGCAUGCAUGGCAGUACAAUCCUAGCUGAAUUGUUUUUUUUGUGACAAUCUCUUGAUUAUUUCGAAUCUCUAGUUGUAGCAUAAAGAGAUGUGGAGUACAUGAUACCACUCCAGGAUUUUGAUGGUUGUCAUAGCAACAGUGUCAGUGCAUGGUAUUAAAAAGCUAGAUCUCCAUGUUUGUUAUUUAGUGCAGGGUCCUAUUAACAAAUAUGCAAAAUCAUUUUAAUACCUUAUUAAGGAUGUAGUACACUCUAUAAAGUUUGAAAGUACUUGUGUCCUGAUGGAAGCAGAUCUAGAGAAUUUAUAACAACAUUUAAAACAAACUUAAAUUAAUGUGUUUGUGUAUUAAUUCUUUUGAUGAGUUAUAGUAACGUAUGUCCAGCUUGGUGCUAAAUUGUUAGAUGUUUGCUGAAUUAAUGAAUAAAUUACCAGAAGAAUGCUACAAAACAUGAUUGUAUUAAAAUGAUGUCAAACACAUUGUUAUGUUUUGUGUCAGUAACAUAAUUAGGUAAAAUUAAUAACUCUCAAUCUUUUUUAUUAGCUCACCUGAGCCAAAGGCUCAUGGUUAGCUUUUGUGACCGCUCAAUGUCCGUCCGUCGUGCGUCAUCAGUUGUGCGUCCAUCAACAUUUUCUAAAAAAAUCUUCUUGAAAACCACUGGGAAGAAUUACACCAAACUUCACAGGAAUGAUCCUUGGGUGGUCCCCUUUCAAAGUCAUUCAAAGAAUUUAAUUCCAUGCAGAACUCUGGUUGUCAUGGCAACCGAAAGAAAGAACUUAAAAAAUCUUCUUGUCCAAAACCGCAAGACCUAGAGCCUUGAUAUUUGGCAUGUGAGAUCAUCUCAUGGUCCUCUAUCAAGAUUUUUCAAAUUGUACCCUUGGGGUGAAAAGAGGCCCCAGCCCAGGGGUCACAAGUUUUACAUAGACUUAUAUAGUAAAAAACUUUAAAAAUCUUCUUAUCUAAAACCACAUGACCUAGGCCUUUGAUAUUUUGUAUGUAGCAUUGCCUUGUGGUCCUCUACCAAAAUUGUUCAAAUUAUGCCCCUGGGGUGAAAAUAGGUCCUGCCCGGGGGUGUCUCAUGUUUUACAUAGACUUAUAAUUAUUAUAGGAAAAAAACAACUUUAAAAGUCUUUUUGCCUGAAACUGCAAGGCCUAGGCUUUUGAUAUUAAGUAUGUUGCCUUUCCUAGUGUUUCUCUACCAAAAUUGUUGAAAUUAUGUCCCUAGGGUGAAAAGAGGCCCUGCCCUGGGGGUACCAAGUUUAACAUAGACUUAUAUAGGAAAAAAUUAAAGAUCUUCUUGUCUAAAAGUUCAAGGCCUAGGCAUUUGAUAUUUGGUAUGUAACAUGCCUGGUAGAUCUCUAACAAGUUUGUUCAAAUUAUGCCCCUGGGGUGAAAAGAGGCCCUGCCCUGGGGGUCACUUGGUAUGAUUAUGAGUUAUAUAGGAAAAAAAUACUUAAAAAAUUAUCAGGUCAUAUUUCCUAGACUGUUUAAUUAUAAUUACCUGAUGACCCAAGUGAUUAGGGAUCACUUGACUGUGACCUUGACCUACUGACCUUCUUUCUUGUUUUUUAAGAUACAGCCUUGAAAUUUGGAUGACAUGGACAGUUUUGCACACCAGUGUUAAAACUGUCUUUCAGUGACCAUGAAUGUGACCUACUGACCUACUUUCUAAUAUUUUAGAGUCAGUUUUCCAUUUGAAACAUGUGGCUCAUAUUACUCAGGUGAGCGAUUCAGGGUCAUCAUGACCAUCUUGUUUGAAUUGAUAUUAAACAUCCAUUAUUUGCUGAAAUGAACAGUUUUCAUGCAUCUUGUUCUUGAAUAUUGACCAAAAUGUUGCAGAUUGUAGAUACUGUUAUUGAAAUAUCAUGUGGAAUUUAAGAGAAUUGUUGAUAACAGAAUUUGUUAGUAAGUUAAGCAGGUGCAAGGUAAAUAAUACAUGCAAAUUGGGCAGUUUGAUUUAAAAUAUUUUUACUUGUCCUUAGCCAUUGAUAUCUUGGUAUUAGUGUACUAAUUACUAUACUAAAACUGUCCAUAUUUCAGUAAAAAUAGUGCUGUCAUAAACUAAAUUAACAAAAUGUACCAGGUCACCUAUUAUUAUCUAACUUCAAAAUUCAAAGGCUAUGACAUAGACCUAUUUAUUAAUAAGUGACACAGAUCUAACUUUUUAACUGUAUUUCAAAAUGGUUUAUGACAACAAUUAUUGCAAGCACCCAUAAUUUUUUCUUGAGAACAGUCACAUGAUAAGUUCUGCUGUAAAUGUUUAAAGGGCAAGGAAUGACUGAAAUAAAUUCAAUUAAUAUGAAAGCCAUCCUCAAGCAUUUCAUAACGCUGAAAUUUUUAAAUCCGACCACUAUUGAAAAAGAUAUGACAGUUUAAUGGAGGUGUUUAUGACAUCAUUUACACACUGCUGAAUUUUAUGUUUGGCAAGUUUAGCCUUUAAAAUAGAUUAACUUCAAAUGUUUCCUGAGUGUAAGAUGUAAAACAUGGUAAAUUCUUUUUAUUAUAGCUAGAAAAAGAGAGAUCAUUUUAUAGAAAUAAGUAAAUAUAAUUCAAAUAUAUACAUGGAAAUUUAAUAAAUCACCCAUGUUGUUUAACAUUACCUUGGAAACAAAAUGGCCACUAUUUUGAUCAAAUAUUGAAAUGUUUAUAACUUCUUAUUUUUAAUCCGAUUUUGAAAACUCUUUCACUUCGUUUAAUAAAUAUAGAAAUUCUAACAGAUGGGAUUAACAUGCGAAUAACGUUGUCUUUCUCUUUAAAGCUUUGAUAUUUUCUUUAAUUAUUUUUAAUACUCGAAACAACAAAGAAACACUGUGCUAUAUGCUCCACAUUAAAUUUAUUCAACACAUUAAAUAAUAUGUAUAUGUAACAAUAUAGAUCAAAUGACUCAUUGAGAUGUAUUUUAAACAACAUAUAAAUACAGCAGUAUCUAAGAUUGGGUUUUGUUGGCAACUCGAAAAAAGAAGGUAGAAUUGUUCAACCGAAAGGAGACCAGACACGUCAAAGCAAUACAACAAAACUAUAGGGCUAUAAUUAACAGUGCAAUACCAAAAAUACUUUGAACUGACACUAACACCACUGAACGAUACGGUAGAACUGAAGUACACCAGAACCGAUGGCUGUGCAUUGCAAUGGUGGAGCCAGUGGUGUCACAUGACAGGGACCAACCGCCUGCAGGUAGCUGUAAACAGCCGGCAACUACCAUGCGGACCACUGCGUGAAGGUUAGCACAUAGUUGCAUGCAAAGGGUUACUGUUUAACAGUGAAGCACCGAGUAACAUGGCAGAUGUACACAAGUACACCAAAAGAGGAUGGCUGUGCAUUGCAACAACGAAGCCAGUGGUGUCGCACGACAGGGACCAACCGCCCAUAGGUAGCUGCAAAUGGCCGGCAACUAUCAUGCGGACCACUGCAUGAUGGUAAGCACAUAGUUGCAUGCAAAUGGUUGAGAACGCAAUACAUAUUAUAGCAAUACAGCAAUGCCAACUAGAUUUCGCCUAACACUAGGGCAAAACCUAUUCAACCCAAGCCACCUAGCCACGAACUUGAUUUGAAAGCAAUACGCCAAAGUACGGUGCUUAGGAUGGGAUAUGGCAUUUAGCCAUGCUUUAUAGCAAUAAUUUGAUGCGCCUGAUCGCCUUUUGGUAUGCACAAAUAGAAUUUUCCGUGACAGGAGCAACAUUUAAAAGAAAGGAAAAUAAAUAAACAUGAUUGAAUUCAUUGUUUUAGAUCCUGAUAGAAACAUCAUCCUUGAAACGAUUAAAGACACGUAUCUUCAAACUUUAAAUCAAAAAAAGCACAAAACGCAAACUUGUACAAUGAAUAUAAAACUGUUCAUCUGUUUAUAAUCCAUAGUUUUAAACAAUAUAUGAUCAAAAAUAGCAGAAACAGCAAUGAUGCAAUAAUAACUACGGGGUGUGGCGGGUGGGAAAGUUUGUGUUGGCUGUCAAUUUUAAAUGAGUUAACUGAGCAGAUAGCACGAGAUUUUCACUUUUGUACGGCUAUACGAUGUACAUGUCGCAUAACUGGUACCGGAUUUAACGGGCCAAACAUGUCGAAAAGUGGAACAAGUAGAAAUUGCCUAGUAACGAGAACGACGCCGUUGUUUCUCGAAAAUAAAUUAUUUUCAGUUGAAAAUAAUUUUCAAUAUAUAAAAAUAACACAUAUUUUGAAGCUACAUGAAACAGAAAAAAGGAAAUUAUUUAAAGGUCCAAUACUAAGGAAAGUGAACGUUUUAAUUUCUCUUAAAAAGCAGAGAAACUGUUUCAUUUUAUUGGAAAAUGAAAGUUGGUAUGUAGAAAUUCGAAAUAAAUUGCAGUAUAUGUACAAUUAUUUUUCUAUGAAGUAUGAAGAAAGUUAAAAAGACCUGGGGGGUCAUUCUGUCGAUUCAUUGAAAUUUCAACAUAAUACACAUACAUUUCUUUUAGUUCCAAAGACCUUCUGUAAAUUUUGACCUGCCAAUCUUCAUUAUUUAGUGUCUUGCAGAAGUCUAUGCACUGACUAUGAAAAAAAUUGCCAACUCACUUUCCCUUAGUAAUGGACCUUUAAUAUUUUUAAAGAAAUUAUUAUGAAUAAGGCAAAAUAUAUUGAAUUAUAUUUCAACCAUCUCUGUUGCCAAGGUUAUACCUAAAACUUUGAGAUAUGUUAAGUGUUUAAUAUUCUGUUCAUAAUGCUGAUAUUCCAUUUAAGUAAUAAAGAAAUGCCUCUGAAA